GAGCACGAGGGCGUUCGACGACGACUUCCCCUCUCCCACGGCAGAGUCCUGGCUUUUGCCCCCUUUCCCCCUGCCCCCCCCCGAAACCACUUCCGAUCCCAAUCCCCGUAUCCGGCGAACGCGCGCCGCGGCCAUGCGCAGUUGCUGAGAGAGGAGCGAGCGCAACGACGCCACCGGCCAUGGACGAGGGCUACGCCAACCUCCCCACCAGCCACCUCCUCGGCUCCGUCCCCGCUGUGACACAGGACGACAGGAAACACGUCCCCCCCGCCGCCCAAGAUGCAGCUGCCACCUCUCGGUUGCAGGAGUUCCCGCCUGCUCCUGGUGGUAAUGGAGGAGGGUAUCGUCCACCAAGUGGCCCUGCAGAUGGAGAUGUAGAAAACCAAGCAGAUUGGAAAGGAUACUUCAAUGUUGCAUCUUAUGCUCCAUACUUCAAUGUUGAUACUGAUGUUGUAGUUGACAGGCUCAUCAGUUCAAUUUAUCCAAUGGAUGGGUUUUACAGGAAAAUUGAUGCUAAUCCUGACAUGUAUGGGCCUUUAUGGAUCACCACUACUCUGGUUUUCAUGCUAGCUGCGUUUGGUAACUAUGCCACUUAUCUGAUGCAAAAUAAAAAGGAUCUGGACAUAUGGAACUUUGAUGUUGGUUAUUUCAGUUGGGCAGCAUCAGUCAUGUAUGGUUAUGCUAUCAUUGUGCCCGCUCUGUUCUUUUUCCUGUUUCAGUAUUUUGGAUCACGCCAAAGUCUUGUUCGAUUUUGGUGUAUGUGGGGCUAUUCUCUGUUUGUCUUCAUACCUGCAUCUGUACUUUUGCUUAUUCCUGUGGAAUUUCUUCGAUGGGUCAUCAUAGCUCUUGCUGGUGGUGCAUCAUCUUGGUUCAUCGCUUUAAAUUUGAAGGAAUGCACUGAAGGAGCUGAUCUGAUGGUUCUGAUAGCUAGUGCAUCGGUGCUGCAAGUUGCUCUGGCACUGUUCAUCAAAGUUUUCUUUUUUGCCUGAGGUUUGCUUGUUGAUUUUGCAAAAGGUGACCUGAUGCGCUCUGUGUCCACGGCUUGUUCUGGAAAACAUCUUUGGAAAGGGCAAGGGCAGACAGACCUGUUUUACUCGACAACUUGACAUACAUAUUGACCCUAGAUUGUUGUGCCUUGGGCAUUCUUCAUUUGAAGUGGCUAAUUUGCAAGUUCUUCUCCAGCUAGCUAGUAACAGAAUUUUACUGCGUGCCUUACAGAGUUUACUGAGUUCGGCACCAAAAAGUCUUCCCGCGUUGCUUAGUGAGAACGUGCACAGUCCUACACUUUGAUUUGCAUACAAUCCUUUCUUGGGUAACAGUAUUCUCAUGAUCUCUA